AUGCUAUCCUCCCUCGCGUAUAUCAUCUCCUUCCCUUCCUCCCCCUCCAGGCCAAGCUUUGCCAUCGUCGACGACGACGGCGACGACGAUCUUGCGCUCAUCUCGGCGUGCGAUCCGCCAAGCGGCACUACGCCUGCAUGGCCAAGCCUGCUAAGUUCUCCGCCCCUGCGCCGUCCCCGCGUUCGCUGCCGCGUGUAUCACGACAGCAUCAACCAUCCCCCCGACGCCAGCCUGCAUCUCUCCCAUCGCCCUCCUCGUCGCUCCUUGCGCUGUUCGCGACUGUCGCUGCAUCUGCCUCUACUGUCGACGGUCAUCCUCUUCCCACGCGCUCACCCCCGCCUGAUUUUCUGUGUCCCCAAUUCGGCUGCGCUGCAGCAACCCCCUCCCCAGCGCCUGCUCGAGACGUUGACGAAUCCUCGCAGGGGGCGUCUUCGUCAGCGACGGCAGCAUCCUCUUCCAUCAGAGCUCAGUAUGCUAGGAGUGUCUCCGUUGCCGACAAAUAUGUCUCAUACUCUGAUGGCCGAUGGCGCAAAACAGAUGUCUGGACACUGUAUGGCUCAACAUUCUGCUCAGAUGGCAUCUGCUCCGCAACACCAACAGCCACUACCACUAUAGUUGAGACCAUGUCUGCCUCGGUCACUUCGACUGCCACAGGGGUGAUAGGCACCAAUGCCGCAGACAAUGUGUCCGAAGACAUCGAUACGUUGCCAUCAGGAUGGACCAAGGAAUCCCAUACAGAUCCAUAUACUCCCGUAAUCAUCACGUUGUCUGUCGUCCUCGCGAUUAUGAUCUGCGUGACCAUCAUUUCCUGCGUGUUUUGGAGGCGACGUGCAAAACGGCUGAAGGAUCCGGAGAGAAGAACACGGCGGGCGGAUGGAGCAGUGGAUGAUGACACACGGGAGUGGAAGCGAUUUCGGUCACAGCAAAGGCUAUGGGCCAGGGCCACUGCGAGAUGGAAGGCAAACGUGCGACAAUCGGCACGUCGGCGCAAGAAACAAACCGCGUCCAGGGACGCUGAUCCGCGGCUAUCAACUGAAUCAUUAACCAGAGACUCGUCGAGCUCGUUGCGCCGCUCUCACGCCGAAUCUAUCUCUUCGGCGCGUAGUGGGGCCGCCAGUAGUGGGGUUUCUUUACAGGAAUCCAACUAUGCCACACAGCGAUCAACAUUCACAGAUUCUGCUUAUCCGCGUCGACCUACUCCCCCUGCCUAUCCAUCAAACGAUGUCGAUGUGUCAAUAGAACGGGGGGCUCUCUCUCAUCAGGUGUCAUCCCUUGAAUUAUCGUUCGGGCGAAAUGCUCCGCCUGCACUGCCAUUUAACUCUUCUGCAUCUGCAUCAGCUGGCCCUGUGGAUGGACCGCUUCCAUACGAAGGAUCUCCUCACGCAGGGCAUCUAGCCACGGAUGAUAAGGCUGUGCUUGCACACAUGGCGUCUCUUGCAAGCGCCCCACCGUCUGCAGAUCCCUCGGCCGCCGACGCGCUCCCAGAUUCGUCAGCGCUCUAUGCGUCAGUGCCUCCACUUGACGAUGAGUUCGAACCUUUGCCACGCUGCCUGCAAGUUGUCGAUUGCGAUGCCAACGUCGACGUGCAAGCCUCCGGUAGCCGGAGAAGCCUAUUGCCGAUGCCUCCACAUCCUGGCGCUGCUUGCCCACCAUCUCCACAUAACAUUUUGUAUAUUCCUCCUCCACCAGAGAAGGCCCGCCUUGUGGCGCCUACAUUUUACGAAUAUCCUGUAUCAUUCGAGGAGGAUGUACUCGGAGUCGAGCCCGAGGCAGGCCCUUCCGCGCCUCCAUUUGAAGAAACUCAAUGUCCUGCCGCUAGCGCGCCGCCGCUGGAGCUCGGUUAUGGCACGGAAGAUGUGGGCGUGCAGCCAUCCGCUCCCCCCGCUGAUUCAGAACCCGACGCGGUGAGAAUAACAGGCAUGGAUGUCGCGGGAAGUUCUGGUGGUGUAGGUGCUCCGCCCUCAAGCGUCGAGCAGUCGCUGUCGCUUCACAGGGUCGCGAGCCACCAUCUUUCGGAGCAUGCGUCGAUUUGGCACACCAGUCCGCCUCGCUAUCUUCCAUAGUACGCGAAGGAUUGGUGCCUGCCUCGCGCCGCAUAUUCGAGGCAUUGGGACGAGUUGUAAGCUAUUGAUGCUGUUCUGUGUCUGUCUGCUUUAUCAUGUGCUACGCUUUGGAGUAAGGGUUGUGAUAUCAGGCAUGCGUGCGGUUUUGUAUGUGCGCGCUGUUAUUGUUCUUUGGAUAGCUACCAGCAAUUUCAUCAGUACUUAGGAGUGUUAAAUACGCAAUAUCGCAUUAAUGAAUCCAUAUGCCAAUCCGUGCCCU